CUAGAUCGAUAUGUGGCCAUCUCCAAGCCCCUCCAUUAUGUGACCAUCAUGAGCAGAGGCCGUUGCAUUGGCUUAAUAGUGGCCUCAUGGGUAGGAGGCUUUAUCCACUCCAUUGUGCAGAUUUCUCUCUUGCUGACACUUCCAUUCUGUGGACCCAAUGUUCUUGACACUUUCUACUGUGAUGUCCCCCAGGUCAUCAAACUUGCCUGCACAGACAUCUUUGUUCUGGAGCUGCUGAUGAUUUCCAACAAUGGCUUGGUUGCUACUCUGUGGUUUAUGUUGUUGGUGAUAUCAUACACAGUCAUUCUGAUGAUGCUUCGGUCUCAUUCAGGAGAGGGACGGAAGAAAGCCAUCUCCACCUGCACCUCCCACAUCACUGUGGUCACCCUGCACUUUGUGCCCUGCAUCUAUGUCUAUGCCCGGCCAUUCACUGCCCUCCCUACAGAUAAAGCCAUCUCUGUCACCUUCACGGUCAUCUCCCCUCUGCUCAACCCUUUGAUCUACACUCUGAGGAACCAGGAGAUGAAGUCAGCCAUGAGGAGACUCAGGAAAAGACUUGGGCCUUCUAAUAGAGAAGAGCAAUAG